AUGGGUCAGACUGUGACAACCCCUCUGUCUCUAACUCAAGACCAUUGGACGGACGUUAGGGCGAGAGGACGGAAUCUAUCAGUGAUAGUCAAAAAACAACCCUGGUUGACUUAUUGUUCCUCGGAAUGGCCCACGUUUGGUGUGGGAUGGCCUUCCCAGGGGACUAUUGACUUACCUACCAUCAAGGCUAUUGUUUUUCAGGAAGGAGCGGGAUCCCACCUGGAUCAGUAGCCAUACAUCGUAGUAUGGGAAGAUUUGGCACGAUCCCCACCCUAGUGGGUCCGUCCAUUCAUCCCACCCCUUCGUCCCGGCACUAAGAUCCUGAUGGAGGAGGAGGGGAGCAAGUGCAGCCCACUGCCUACUCGUCCCCCUAAGAUCUACCCCGAGAUUGAAGAGCCUUGUGAGUGGCCUGAUUCCCCACAGCCCCCUCCCUACCCGCCAGCUCCCCACCCCCCGGCCGCUCCCAUGGCUCUGCCCUCUGCCCCUCCUAUGGCUCAAGCCCCGGGAAUUGGGGGAGGAGGGCCCUCAGCCAGAACGAGGAGUCGGCGAGGAGCCUCCCCGGAAGGACCAGCAGAUUUGACCAUAGCACUCCCUCUCCGAGUGGUCGGGGCUCCCCCUACUGACCAAAACAAUUUACAGCUCUUACAGUAUUGGCCUUUUUCCUCCUCCGAUCUUUAUAACUGGAAGACUAACCACCUCUCUUUCUCUGAGAACCCUGCAGGGCUCAUGAGCCUAAUUGAGUCACUGAUGUAUUCCCAUCAGCCGAUGUGGGGCGACUGCCAACAGCUCCUACAAACCCUUUUCACCACCGAGGAGAAGGAGAGGAUUCUCCUCGAGGCUCGGAAAAAUGUCUGAGACGAGGCCGGGCAACCGGUCCAGACCCCGGCCGAGAUAGAGGAAGGAUUCCCAUUGACCCGACCCCAUUGGGAUUAUAACACAGCACAAGGUAGGGAACGACUGUCCAACUAUCGCCGGGCUCUGGUGGCGGGUCUCAGAGGUGCUGCACGUCGGCCCACCAAUCUGGCCAAGGUAAGAGAGGUCAUGCAAGGAACAACAGAAUCCCCUACAGUUUUUCUAGAGAGGCUUAUGGAGCCAUAUAGGAGAUAUACCCCAUUUGACCCUACGUCUGAGGGACAACGGGCUUCAGUGAUUAUGGCUUUUAUUGGGCAGUCAGCCCCAGACAUCAGAAAGAAGUUACAACGGAUCGAGGGGCUACAGGACUACACCAUAAGAGCUGUGGUGAGAGAGGCAGAGAAAGUGUAUCAUAAGAGAGAGACAGAGGAAGAGAAGUUAGAGAGAGAGAAAAGAGAAAAGAGAGAAGACGAAGAUAGAAGGGACCAAAAGCAAGAGAAAGUUUUGACUAGGAUUCUGGCUGCUGUAGGAGAGAGAGAAAGGAGAGACAGGACUAGACAGCUAGGGAACCUGGGAGACGGAAAAAGGCAGGGGCCAAGGAGGCCCGGAGGAGAUCCACUUCGCCUGGAAAGAAACCAGUGUAGAAUCUGCAAAGAUACCGGUCACUGGGCUCGUGUAUGCCCCAAGAAAGCAGGAGGUGAAAGUAUUGUCCUAGGAGAUGACGAAGACUAGGGGAGACGGGGCUUGGCCCCCCUCCCCGAGCCUAGGGUAACUUUAGACGUGGAGGGGACUCCUGUACAUUUCCUGGUCGACACAGGUGCUGAGUUUUCCGUUCUGUGGACGCCUUUGGGAAAAUUAAAAAGGGGUGAAAAGACUGUAGUGAUUGGGGCCACCGGGCAAAAAUCGUACCCAUGGACCACCUCCUGGACAGUGGAUCUAGGACAGAAUAGAGUGACUCAUUCGUUCCUAGUCAUACCGGAGUGUCCUAUGCCCCUGCUAGGAAGAGACUUGCUAACCAAAUUAAAGGCACACAUAACUUUCGCCUCUCACCAACCAGAGGUAUCCUGGGGAGUAGGAGAGCCUCGGGCCCUGACGUUAUCUCUACAAUUAGGAGAAGAAUACCGGCUCUACCAAAAUAAACUGAGACUUCCCAAGGGAAUCCAAGACUGGCUUGACCGAUUCCCUCCAGCAUGGGCCGAGACGGGGGGUAUGGGAAUGGCAAAGCAAGUUCCCCCGGUGGUGAUCGAGCUUAAGUCUGGAGCCACCCCCAUUGGGGUCCGACAAUACCCCAUGAGUAGAGAAGCUAGGGAGGGCAUAUGCCCUCAUAUUACCAGACUCAUUCAACAAGGGAUUCUGGUUCCAUGCAUGUCUCCAUGGAACAUCCCCCUACUCCCCGUAAAAAAGCCAGGGACUAAUGACUAUCACCCAGUACAAGAUCUUAGAGAAGUUAAUAAGCGAAUCCAAGACAUCCAUCCUACAGUGCCAAACCCCUACAACUUACUCAGCAUGCUACCAUCUGAGCGAAUCUGGUACACCGUCUUAGACCUCAAGGAUGCUUUCUUUUGUCUGAGAUUACAUCCCAACAGCCAACCUUUGUUCGCCUUUGAAUGGCGCGAUCCAGAGAGUGGGCAAGUCAGAUAGCUGACUUGGACGAGACUUCCCCAAGGAUUCAAAAACUCACCCACACUGUUCGAUGAGGCUUUGCACCGCGACUUGGCCCCUUUUCGGGCCAAAAAACAAUAUGUUCUCUUACAAUAUGUUGAUGACCUUCUAUUGGCUGCAGAAACCCACAGAGACUGUGAAAUCGGGACUCAAACCCUCCUGGUCGAGCUAGGCGAACUGGGGUACCGGAUCUCAGCCAAGAAAGCACAGUUAUGUCAAAAGAAAGUAACUUACUUGGGAUACUCCCUAAGAGAUGGACAGAGAUGGCUCACGGAGGCCAGGAAGCAGAUGGUAAUGCAGAUUCCAACCCCGACCACAUCUCGUCAGGUGAGAGAAUUUCUGGGCACUGCCGGGUUCUGUAGGCUUUGGAUCCCUGGGUUCUCGACUAUGGCAGCCCCGCUAUACCCCUUAACUAAAGAAAAAGGAGAGUUCACCUGGACUAAAGACCAUCAAUUGGCUUUUGAGAUUCUCAAGAAGGCGCUGCUACAGGUCCUGGCACUAGCCCUACCAGAUCUAAGUAAACCUUUUAUCCUAUAUAUUGAUGAGAAAAAUGGCGUGGCCAGAGGAGUCCUAACUCAGGCCUUGGGGCCUUGGAAACGACCGGUAGCCUACCUAUCAAAGAAACUGGACCCUGUGGCUAGUGGAUGGCCUUCCUGUUUGCGAGCCAUAGCAGCAACGGCUAUACUGGUCAAAGACGCUGACAAGCUGACUAUGGGCCAGAGUGUUACGAUAGUGGCCCCACACUCGCUUGAGAGCAUUAUCCGACAGCCACCAGACCGCUGGAUGACCAACGCCCGGAUGACUCACUAGCAGAGUCUAUUGCUGACUGAACGAGUAAAUUCCGCCCCCGCCCCCAGCUAUCUUCAAUCCUGCUACCCUGUACCGGAGGCUGAUGAAGCCCCUAUACACAAAUGUGAGGAAGUGUUGGCAGAAGAAACCGGAGUUCGGUCAGACCUCAUAGACCAACCAUGGCCAGGGGCAAUGACUUGGUAUACCGACGGAAGCAGCUUCGUGGUAGAAGGUAAGAGGAGGGCCGGGGUAGCGGUGGUAGAUGGAAAGGCCGUCAUAUGGGCCAGCAGUCUGCCUGAGGGCACAUUGGCCCAAAGAGCAGAACUCAUCGCACUGAUCCAGGCCCUAAAGCUGGCAAAAGGAAAGAUUAUCAAUAUUUACACAGACAGCCGGUAUGCCUUUGCUACAGCACAUAUCCAUGGGGCAAUAUACCGACAGCGUGAACUCUUAACAUCUGCUGGAAAAGAUAUUAAAAAUAAAGAAGAGAUCCUUAGCCUGCUAGAGGCUGUUCACUUGCCCCAUAAAGUGGCAAUAAUACAUUGCCCAGGACACCAAAAAGGGACCGGACCCAUAGACAAAGGAAGUCAAAUGGCAGAUCAGGAGGCAAAGAAAGCAGCUCAUGGACCCAUGACUCUGAUGAUGAAAACUAAAUCCCAGUCAGAGACCAAGGAGACAGACAACAGAACUCUCAAAGAAGAAGAGGGGCAGGAAUAUUUGGCUGAUAUACACUGCCUUACCCAUCUGGGGGCUAAAAAAUUAAUAGAAUUGGUUAAUAGGUCCCCUUACUCUAUCCCUGGAUUAAAGAAGGCUGCCGAAAAUCUAGUCAAAAACUGCCGCGCUUGUGCGUUUACUAAUGCUGGGUCCAACAGGCCCCUAGAAGGAAGGCGUUUGAGAGGAGAUAGACCUGGAACCUAUUGGGAAACCGAUUUUAUGGAGAUAAAGCCUGCCCAGUAUGGAAAUAAAUAUCUUCUAGUCUUUAUAGACACCUUUACAGGCUGGGUUGAAGCAUUCCCUACAAAAAAUGAAACUGCCAACGUGGUAACCAAGAAGAUACUAGAAGUAAUCCUGCCCCGUUUUGGGGUACCUAAGGUAAUUGGGUCAGACAACGGACCUGCUUUUGUCUCCCAGGUAAGUCAGGGAGUGGCCAGACAACUGGGGGUUAAUUGGAAAUUACACUGUGCAUACAGGCCCCAGAGUUCAGGACAGGUAGAGAGAAUGAAUAGAACAUUAAAAGAGACCUUAACAAAAUUAGCCUUAGAGACCGGUGGAAACGAUUGGACAGCCCUUCUCCCUUAUGCUUUAUUCAGGGUUCGAAACUCCCCGGGCCCUUUUGGUUUGACCCCUUUUGAAUUGAUGGUUGGAGCCCCUUCAUCCAUUUAUAUGUCUAUAAAAGAUAAAACUAGCCUAGAUGUAUUUUUCUCUCCCUCUUUCAACCUCUCGAUUCGGCUCAAAGCCUUAGAAACAGUAAGAAAAGAGAUAUGGAAACACUUAAGAGAAACCUAUAUUGCUGGUGACACACAGGUGCCGCACCAGGUUGAAGUGGGAGACGCCGUCCUGAUGAGGAGACAUUGGGCAGGAAACUUAGAGCUGAGGUGGAAAGGACCAUAUCUGGUAUUGCUGACGAUGCCCACCUCGGUCAAAGUUGAAGGAAUUCCCACUUGGGUCCACGCGUCUCACGUUAAGAGAGCAACCUCUGAAACUGAUACAGAUGGAUGAACGCUGGAAAAGACUACUAAUCCUCUUAAGCUGCGUUUACGCCGCUGGCGCAGCCCUAGAGAUAAGUAACAACAACCCACACACCCCCGUCCAACAAACGUGGGAAGUACAAAAUGGAGAGGGAGACAUCGUGUGGUCAACCACCGCUGUUCGGCCCCCAAGGACAUGGUGGCCAGACCUCACCCCUGACCUUUGUAAGUUAGCAGCAGGCUCGCCUGCCUGGGAUAUCCCAGACCAUCUUGACCUUCUUAAUGCACCCCCUGAAAAACAAUGUGUCCAAUCCCCAUUAGUGGCCUCAGAUAUAUACGGGUACUCAGGACAGUUUUAUUGAGCCAAUCUCAGAUCAGCAGGGAUCUACGUCUGUCCCGGACAAGGACAACGCAGAAAGCUUCGGGACCAGUGUGGGGGAAGGUCUGACUUCUAUUGCGCCGCUUGGGGUUGUGAGACAACAGGGCAAGCUUACUGGAAUCCCUCCUCAAAGUGGGAUUUAAUCACUGUAAAGAGAAACAGUAGUCAUGAUGAAGAAAACCAGGGCGAAAGAGAGAUUGGCAGAUAUCUUAAAGGGUGUGCUGUGCCUUCUACCAACGGUCCAGAGGGACCUUGUAAAGAUAAAUAUUGUAAUCCUAUACUUAUAAAGUUUACUGAUAAAGGGAAAUAGGAGUGCUGGAGCUGGCACAGAGGAAAUGUUUGGGGUCUGCGAGUAGAUGCUCCUGGAAAAGAUCCUGGGUUAAUAUUCACAAUUAAACUGACUGUAGAGAGCACCCUUCCAGUACCUUUAGGACCCAACAAGGUCCUCCCUGAGCAGGGCCUCCCCAUCAGAAUCAAGCCGCCGGUCCCAAAA